AUUUAAAAGCCGUCUUAUUACACUCUAUUAUAAUUAAUUAAAUAUUUUUCAUAUAUUGAGAACCACCGGGAGAAACUAGGCAAGGCACGUUAUUUUUCCUGCAUUCCGUCUUCGGCGGGCAAAAUGAGAAAACGUGAGAUCACCGCGGCGAGUGAAUCGACGCGUUUUUGCGGAAGUCACGCCGGUUAAGGAACGGCCGUUGAAUGGAAACGGAUGGAAUUUUAUGGGCCGUCGAGCUACGUCAGGCUGUGGAUCAUAAAUCUGACGUAUGAAGCGGAAGAAGGUAUAUACCUUCCAGAGUAAAGAAACGUGUCGAUGAACAAGCUCAACAUGUGUGAUUGUUGACAUAAAAAAAAUAACUGAGAUGGUGUCCACUGGCGAUCUAUUAUGUACGAACGGUUAUUGAUGAUUUAAAAUUGGUGCUUUAGAGACUAUGAGUCAUGAUGUGUGUCUGAAUUUAAAUCUUGAAUAAGAAUACAAAGAGGGUAAGCUCCAACAAUGGCUGAAUCCGACCUAGCGGAAGAGAAGGAAGCCACUGUGGCAACAUCCGCCUGCGAUAAGCGACAUUGCAAGGAGAUGCGCAAGGAGAAGCCACCCCCAUAUCUUCGCGACAGAGAAAGGAUACUCUAUCCACGUAAUACGAGAGCCCUACCAAAAACACCCGUAAUCGGUGGACAACCCAUCGAACAAGAAACAUGCAUGGCUUUGAGAACGUUGAUCUUUGGUUCCUGCGCGACGCCGCCGAAAAUCGAAUGGGCAAGGACCGGACUUACUUUACGACCAUAUGGACAAAGUUUAGCAUUUGGAUUGAGAACGCCCAGAAACACAACACGAGGCCUCGUCACCGCAGUGCAAGCUGUCAUGCUGAAACACUUUUUGUUCAAAUGCGACAAGCAAGAUCUACGUGCAAGUCCCGAAGUCCUGCUGAAACCUUCGUACGAGCGACAGAUCGAAGUGUUGAUUUCUGCAAUAUCAGAGAUUAUUUGGCGUUGUGCAGGUGGUUUCUCCGUGUCCACAUGUUCAAAUGUCGUGCCAAAGGCCGUAGUAGCCCUGCCGCAAGAUACACCGUAUCUUCAACACAGUGUGCAGUAUUUUCAAGAUGGAUUAACAGAAACGCUGCACCUCUUCGAGUUCAAUUCCUUGGAGGAUCUCGAGAUAUUUGUCAAGAGGUACUUGUACUUGUUUCACGACGAAGGCGGACCUGGCGCGAAGUUACUUUUAUACAGUGCAGUGCUUUCGAGAGGCCUCUCAAAAAUUCGAAAUGAUUUAGAAGAUCCAAAGGCAUCGAUCCUCGCUGGAUGUUCGGAAGAAGGCCCGAUCAGUAUUGUUGUCUUUGUUUUAACUGGUCGUGCUUCACCACAUCUUCACAAUGGAGUGAUUCACAUUGGUGAUGAAAAUACAUAUGCUGUACCGCAUUGGGGUGUCCUCAUGAGAAGCGAAGUGGGGUUCUUAGUGUACGAAGGUGACAGCAAUAUAAGCAAACAGCCGGGUUCUCGAUUGAAGACACCCAGUCUACCGAUAUGGAUGACUCUUUGCCUCGGUCAUCACGGCGUGCUCUUCAAUACUAAUCGAGAGUUGCUGAGGAAUUAUCAUGCAGAACGACGGUUCGAGGUUCAAUAUUUCACCUGCGGUGGCAGUUACGCUACGUUGACGGUGGAUACCAGGGCAAACGAAGCUUCCGGGAGCUCAGAUGCUGCAACAAUGGAAACCACGGAUAUUGCCGCGACACCGUUAGAGAAACUUAUUCGAUCCAAGUGGCAGGAUGCUCUCAUACAAUGGAACGGAACGCCGGUGAUGUGAGGGAUACGAAAGGAUGACGAACAGAUCCACUCUUCCGUUAAGCUGUGUAUCCGUAAUUCCGCGUGAUGCUAAUCGAUCAGCGCUUAUCGAACGCUAUACUCACGCUUAUCCCAGUAAAGGCUUUUAAUUAUCGUUCAUAAUUUAAGUCCGUAGAAAUACGUAUGUAGAAAUUAUAUGUCUCGCAAUGUCAAGCAUUCCAUUUUAAAUGUAUGACAAAAUUUUAUCGGCGCUUUCCUAGACAGUAGACAUUUGUACAAUGGCCAAAAAGCUUUGUUAUUUUGUGAAAUAUUUCAAUUGUCAAUAAAUGGCUGUGUUAAUGGAUUAUUAAUAUCUCUUGUAUAAGCUAUGUAUUGUAAGAAAAAAAAGGAUACCUUCUGUAAUUAUUACGUUUAAUAUUAUACUUGUCUACAAUAAAUACUUUGCUUCUUUUAGGAAAA